CUCUGAUCGUCUCUCAGACUCGGCCUCGUCCUCAAUCACUGCUCCUGCUUCUGCUUUUACUGCUUUUUACUUUUCUUUCUUUCUUUUUUUGGAAAUGAAGGGACGCAGACGGAGCUGCUGAUGUGAAACUGAUGUGAAGCUUCCAGCACCAUGGCCGCUGUACACGUCUUUCUUUUACUGCAGUUUAUUCUCAGCUUGGUGCUGCAGAGUUCAGCAUUAAUGUCUGAUUAUAAGACGUGUGGAGACGACGCAUGCGCACGCCUGAUGUGCCGUGUCCAGGCGGUCAGAGAUCAUCACGCUCAGGACUGCAGGUUUCUCAGCUUUAAAAAAGGCGACAUGAUCGACGUUUACCACAAACUCGCACGGAAACGGAGCGACCUGUGGGCUGGAAGUACAGAUAAAGAGUUUGGUUAUUUUCCCAAAGACGCUGUGAAAAUCGAUGAAGUUUUUGUUGAUGAGAAAAAGGAAAUUGAGAUGAGUACUCAGAAAACAGACUUCUUCUGUAUGGAUGCGUUCGGGACAAUAAUCGCGAGCAGCGAAGAAUUUGACGAUUACGAGUUCGGAGAUCAAACUGCUGAGUCUGAAGAAUUAGGUAACAGUGAUUUUGAUGAUCGAGUCUCCAAAGCAUCUGAAACAAAUGACAAUGUCGAAAUGAGGCACGUUGAUAACGAUAAUAAAGACAGAGGGAAACCAGAACAAAGCGGAUCUUCCUGGAUCGGAUCUACUGUUAGCGGAUGGUUUGCUAACGAUGCUGAUGAAGCAGGAAAUGGAAAUAAAGAGCAGGAGAAGUUUAAGAGCAGAAAACUGGCCUUGGAUUUGGACCAACUGGACGAAGACCAACUGGAUGAGGUGGAGAGACAAACUAAAAUUCUCGACUGGAUUGGAGAUGGACUGACCAACACUUUUGGAUUUGGGAAAAAUGAUUUACAGGCUAACUCCAAGGAUGAAACCGAGAAUAAUGAGGAUUUGCCCAAUGAUCAGUCCAGUUACUUGCUGGGAAAUGGAAUAAAAAAUGCUUUAGGUUUUGGAAGAGGAGGAGGAGGAGACACACCACCUUCUGAAACCAAGAAACUGAGUCUGGAUGAAAAUAUGCAAAAUCUAAGGGAACAACAGGAAGCAAUGAGUCUUAAAGCGGAAGACUUGGCUGAGACGAUUACUGAAAAUAAGAAAAUUGGUGACAAGAAGGAUGCAGGAUGGUACAACAGCGUCUAUAACAGAAUCACAAACUUUUACGGAGAACCUUCUGAUAAAAGCGAAGCUAGUAAAGAUGAAGGAAAAGAGAGUUUGAGCGAUCAAGGCAUGGAUGUAGAUAAAGUCAUGAUUUCCAAGGAUGAAAAAAAUCCAGAACUGAGAUCAGAAUCAUCACAAAGAGACAGAAAUCCAGCAAACCAAGACGAGAAACAGGAAGUGAAGAUCCAGGAUCAGUCGGGUGAAACCAGUCAGCUCGGUGAAGCAUGGUAUGGAAGCGUCUAUAACAGAAUUACAGGAUUUUAUGGAGACACUCCUGAUGGAAAUGCUGGAGAUGCUCUGGAUAAGAGUGAAGUUAUUGAAAAUGGUAGAGGAGAUCCUCAAGUAACAUCUGAAACCGAAGAUGUACGGUCAAGCCGAGACGAGAAACUGGACAACACUGUUCACACUGCUGAGAAUAAUAAUGCAGGGUGGUACGACACUGUCUAUAGCAGAAUCAGUGACAUGUAUGGAGAUACGUCUGACAAAAAUGAUAUUCCUGAUGGCAUGAAAGAUGUUGAGAGCCAAGCACAGAGUGAAAACACCAAAGACACGUCAUCACCAUCCAUGUUUUCUAUGAACGGGCUCUCGGAGGUGAUUGACAGCCUGAGAUCGCCUUCUAAAGGAGCAGGAAGUGAUGAUGAAACCACGCUGAGCGAAACGAUCACAUCAGAGCCGAGUCUGACGCAGUCUCAUGUCUCCAGUGAUCAAAGUGACGUCACGAAAUUAAGCAGUGACGAUGAGGAUUCAGAACUGACUGAAAAGGAAAACACUGAUAACAUUACAGACAUUGACCAAAGCCAGGAUACAUCACAGUCCAUAUUUUCCGUCAAUCGCCUAUCGAUGAUGAUUAACAGCCUAAAAUCACCAUUUAAACCCCACGAUGCUGGAGAUAAAGAAGAAAGUGAUGGAGAAAAGACUUCAGAUACAGGUAAGGAGGGACAGAAUGAUAAUGAUGACGAAAGUGAUAAUGAUGAUGAGCUUAGUGUUAGACUGACGGAUGGGAUUAGUGAAAUAUCGACUCAAAGAGCUGCUUUGGGUAGCGAACAAGAAGAAGAAGAAGAAGUUGUGCAGGAAGUUAACAUAGCUGAGGCCCAAAUAAACACUGUAGAAAGUUCAUUAGACUGUAAUAAGCAGGAUAUGGGUGGUGAUGGUGAAAAGAUCUCCACAGAUAUUAGUACAAAUUUUAUUGAUAUACAUGCGGAUAUAGAUGAGUUCAAUGAUCAUUCUGACUCAGGUUCAGCUCAUCUGUCCAUGGGCCAAAGUAAGAACAUGACGUCAGUGCUUAAUACUGAUGAGACUGAGACACUAACAGAGGAACCGGGCUGGACUGAGUUAGCCCAACAUGCUUCAGACACAUCAAAAAGCCGUGAAGGUGACGCAAGUACAAGUGAUGAUAAUAAAAGCAUUCCUGAGAAAGAUCAAUUUACAGAUAUUCCUGGUGAAGAAGAGCCACAGUCUGAGAGUGAGACCGGGUCAGAUUCAGGUCUUCAGGUCAGGACAGAUGUUCUAGAGAACAACUCUGAGACUGUAGAUGAAACUGAUGAAGCUCAGGAUGAAGGUGAAGCAGCAGACAUGUUACCUGAGACAGAAGAGGCAGAUAUGAAGGUGCGGAGUAGUGAGACUGCGCAAACCAUCCAUACGGCGUCUAAUGAUGAGAAACAUGGUGUAGAUGUUACUCAGAUGGAGUAUGGUAGAGAAAAGGAAAGUGGUGAUGCUACUCAAAUAAAGUAUAGUGGCGAAAACAAAAGUGUGAACAUUACUCUAAUGGAGUAUGAUGAAGAAAGAGAAGGUGAUGACAUUAUUGAAAUGGACCAUCGUGGAAAAAAAGAAGGUGAUGACAUUAAAGGAAUAGAGUCUGCUGGAGAAAAAGAAGGUGGAGUUACUCAAAUGGGGUAUUCUGGUGGACAAGAAGAUGUAGAUGUUGCUCAAAUGGAGUCUGAUGGAGAAAAAGAAGACAUAAAUGCUACUCAAAUGGAAACUGAUGGAGAAAAGGAAAGUUUAAAGAUUACUCAAAUGGAGUCUGGUGGAGAAAAGGAAGGUGGAGCUACUCAAAUGGAGUAUUCUGGAGAACAAGAAGAUGUUGCUCAAAUGGAGUCUGAUGGAGAAAAAGAAGACAUAAAUGCUACUCAAAUGGAAACUGAUGGAGAAAAGGAAAGUUUAAAGAUUACUCAAAUGGAGUCUGGUGAAGAAAAGGAAGGUGGAGCUACUCAAAUGGAGUAUUCUGGAGAACAAGAAGAUGUAGAUGUUGCUCAAAUGGAGUCUGAUGGAGAAAAAGAAGACAUAAAUGCUACUCAAAUGGAAACUGAUGGAGAAAAGGAAAGUUUAAAGAUUAAUCAAAUGGAGUCUGGUGGAGAAAAGGAAGGUGGAGUUACUCAAAUGGAGUAUUCUGGAGGACAAGAAGAUGUAAAUGAUGCUCAAAUGGAGUCUGGUGGAGAAAAAGAAAGUAUAGACAUAAUUCAAUGUCAAAAAAAUGUAGUAGACGCUGGUGAAGACAGCAAAAGUGGUGAGGUUACUCAAGUGGAGUAUGCUGGAGGACAAGAAGGUGUAGACAUUACUCACACUGAGACUGAUGGAGAAAAAGGAGGUGAUAUUACUCAAGCAGCAUCUGAUGGAGAAAAAGAGGGCGUAGACCUUAUUCAGAAAGAAGAGCUGAGUUUACGCUCUGCUCAUGGUUUAGAAAACACUCACAGCAUCUCUGAGAACAAACAGAACCUGGAGAUUGAUCCUGAUGACUCCAGAGAGACUGAGAAACGUGAAAGUGCUGUGGUAAAGCAAGCUGAAAUCACACCAAAGAACAUACAAGAUAAACCUCCAUCAAAAGACGGCUCUGAGACUGAGGUUUCCAGUACGUCUGAUGGAGAUCAAAAUGAUCAUGUCAGCAAACAAAAUGGAGAUAAAAUGGUGGAUGUUAAACACCAAAUAACACCUACAUCAGCUCAGACACACAAACGUAUAUAUCCCAACUUACAAUCUCAUCUCAGUGAGGAGAACAUACAGGAUCUUCUGAAGUUCUUCCAUGGAGAAAUGUUAUCAUGGCUGGAUUUCAACAUCGGACACUCUGACUAUAUUAACAAUAAAGAGCUCGCUGAGCUUCAAGACUUCGAACAAACACUGGAACAUCUUCUGAAAACCAGAAAUCAAGAAAUCAAGCCAUCGCUACAAACCAUACACACUGUCUUAGCGAUGCUAAGAAAGAAGUUUAUACCCGUGCUAGCAGAUGGCAGUGUAGAUAAAAGCUCAGAUCCGAGUCAGACUGAGUGUGUCAAUGAAAAGUGUGUGAGUACAACUGAGAACAGACCAAUCUCUGAGCAAGACACGGGAAAGGACAUCAUCAUGGACAACAACAUGGACAACAGCUUCAGUAUAAAUGACUCGGACAGCUUAAUCAGUAAAUCACUCUCUAAUGACCAAGAAGUCGUCACUGACAAGAGUCGAAUAUUAGACGCAUUCGAGUCUGACCAGAAAACUGCUCCUCAGACGGACACCAACAUUAUCACUGAAGAGUUUCUGGAACCUGAAGAAUCCCAAAACGAAGGACUUCUGCACCCAUACACGGCUCUUGUUGCUGAAUUCACAAGCGGUGCGUUGGCGUUCGUGGUGAAGGAGAGUGCACAGGUGAACCACGUCAUCCAUGAGGUCGUGAUGUCACUUCCUGACGAUAUCCGACCCGGUCCUGAUCUUUACGGGUUGCCGUGGGAAGCCGUGAUCUUCACCGCCACGAUAGGCUUAUUCACCUUCCUGCUCUUCACCUGCAGAUUCAUCCAGGCAAUUAAGAGCAGAUUAUACUGCAGUAAAGAGAGGAGGAUGGGGCAGAAAGUGGCAGAGCUUCUGGAGGAGAAGUGUAAGGUUCUGGAGACGCUCAGUGAGUGCGAACACAAGUUUAAGAAGCUGGAGACUGUGCUGCAGAAUGGUGGACUUUCAGCUCAGGAUUCAGAGAGAGAGGAUUUGGAGGCCAUGUCGAAGAAGCUGGAGGAGGCGAAUGCGCAGAUGAUGAGUGAUAUGGAGAAAAUGCAGGAGGAGCUCAACACGCAGGACCAGCUCAGGAAACAGCAGGAAGAGCAGCUCACAAAACUGGAAGAGAUGUUAAAAAAACUAGAGGAGGAGGCCGGGGAGCGCAAAUCUCAACUAGAACAGGAUAAAAUGACUCUGAAAAUCCACGAGAUGAACACCGAGAGACUGCAGAAGAAACUCCAGGAGGCUAAAGAGGAGAACAGCAUGCUCCUGGAGAGCAGAGCACAGCUGGAGCAGGAGGCAGAGGGAUGGAAGGAGAGACUGAGUGAGCUGGAGGAAGAGAAGAGGAUGAGUGAGACUUCACACAAUGGAAUGAUGGAGAACUGCGUGAAUAAAGACGAGCGCAUAAAGUCUCUAACAGAGUGUCUGCUGAAGAUGAGAGAUUGGGACUCGGAGGAGGAGAGCGCUGUGAACGACACGAGUGGAUCAGAGAACAGAAACUCUUCAGAUUUCAGGCAGAAACAGAAAGUGCAGAAACUGAUCACUGCAGCAAAGAUGAGUGCAGACUUGAAGGCCAUGGAGGAGGACAAGGAGCGAGUGUUCGCCAAACUCACAGAUGAAAUCAAAGCCAAAGAAGAUCUUCAAGAGGGUAUUGAACAGCUGCAGCGUGAGAAAGAGUCUCUGGAGUCGGAGAGCUCCAUGUACUCCAGUGAAAUCGAGAAACUCCAGCACAAACUGCAGAUCAUGUCUGAGAUGUACCAGGAGAAGGAACUCAAACUGCACAGGAUGUUAACGGUGGAGGAGAAGGAGCGCUCACAGAAAGAGGAGCAGCUCAACAAAGCUGGGAAGAAGAUCAGCCUGGCUACAGAUGAACUGAACUCUUAUAGACAACGAUCCAAAGAGCUGGAGGAGGAGCUGGAGAAGACCAAUCAAGCCUACAGAAACCAGAUUGCUGCACAUGAGAAAAAGGCUCAUGAUAACUGGCUGGCUGCCCGAGCUGCAGAUCGAGACCUCGCUGACGUGAAGAGAGAGAACUCAGUGCUGCGCCAGAGAUUAACAGACUGGCAGUUUAAACUGGAGCUGAUGGAGAAAAAUCCACAGACUCGUGCACCGCUGUUUAGAGGUGAAAGAUCUCCGUUCGGGCCGUCUCCACUCGGUCGCCCCCCCUCUGAAACUCGGCCCUUCCUGUCCCCCCCGACGCUGAUGGACGGGCCUCCCAGAGUCUCUCCACAGUUUCCCAUGAUGCCCGGCGGCAGAGCUCCUCCUGGUGGUGUGGAAGGUGACAGGAGUGCUUCUUACUCUGAAAGUGGCUCCCCCACAUGGGAAAGAGAGAGAGAGAGAGAAAGAGAGAGAGAGCGCAGGAGUCUCGGCCCACCAGGUCCAGAUCCAGGACUCGUGUACAGAAGACCUCUCUCAGCCCCGUUCCUGCGAGCGCCGCUUCCUCCUGAAGCGUACUACAACGAGAAAUCUGAUUCACCGUUCGGGGGAGACGGUGCUGGGUUUAGAGAAAACGGGAUCCGAGAUAAUGGCCGCUCGAUGCCCGGUGCUGAUAUAAGGGCAGGGCCUCUUCCUCCUCCUCCUUUUCCUCCAAUGGACCCCCGAGACCCUCAUUUCCCUCGUCGAGGUUUUCGUCCCGACUUCUUCCCUCCUCCUCCUCUGGCCAUGCGAGGACCUCCUCCUCCUCUUCCUCCUGGAGUUUUUCCCAGAAUUCCGCUGCCUCCCCACAUGGCAUUUCCACCAAUGAGACCUCUGGCUGAUCAUGUUUCACCCGAACCUCCAUCCAGACCUUCACCUCCAGGCAGUGAGCAGCCGCCUGAGCAACCUCCAUCUGCACACGACGUCAUCUGAUCCCUUCAGCUCCAUCCCUCCAUUUAUCUCCUUCUAUCCUGUCUCCAUCCUUUCCCUAACAAGUGUGUAUCAUCUCAAUGUCACACAGCGAGGAGAGGAGUGUGUAUAGCAUGCAAUGACUUCUGGGUAAUUUCCGCUGAUAUCAACUCGAUCUCUCAAUACUAAAUAUGCUCACUAGACUGCGACAUGGGAUUCAACCAGAAUCUGGAAGUGAACAAAGGUGCAUUGUGUCACUUCCUGUUCCUUUUAUUCAAGGGCUGACUUUGUUGUCAUGUCGUCACAUUACUUUAUUGAAAUUUUUUACUGUAAUAAAGAAUUGCCACUGGGAUGAAGCUAUUUAAAAAGAUCUCGUUUCUGGUACACGGCCACGCGCUUUCUCCUGUGUGCUGACGGUGUAGAUAUGGAGUACAUGUUUGUCUUUUAUGAAACAACAUUGGACUCACAGGUCUUCAUGUUUGUUGUAGUCAUAUUUAAUAAUUUUUACUUAUAAAUAAUUAGCUGAAGAUGAUGUGUAAAUACAGCACUUGUAUCAAUACAGUAUUGUGAAUAAUGUGUACAUACACAGAAUGUAGUGAAUUUUGAGAAACAUGAUGUGACAGUGCAGAAACGUCCCUGUAGUUUGCAUAUUUAUAGAGUGGAUACUUUAUCACAGAAAUGCAAACGAGAACAUUAAUAAAAAUUGUCCUUCUAUGAA